CGUAGUUCUUCAACAAGUCUAUGAGAAAGUCUUCAACAAAUCAGAAAUAUUUGCCAACGCAUGUAGUUUUUCGAAAAGUAGAUUUCGUCCGAAGAGCUAGCCUAGCGUCUCCUCAGGAGCAGGACAAUAUGAAGUUCUUUUCAACGAGGAAUGUUGGCGCUGAACACUGAAAUAAUCUGCUUCAAAGAAUAUGGUUGGCAAAAAGGGAAGGAAAAAGUCACCUGAAUCCAUUAGAGCAACACCUAAACGAAGAUCAACCACUGCAAAACGAUAUUUUAACUCAGGAUCUUCAAAUUCAGAUUCAGAUGAUGAAGAAGAAUUUCAGCCUCCCAAAAAAUCUUCUAGAAAAUCAAGACUACAGGAAAACAGUGUCGCCAAAACUAGAAAAACCCAAGAUAAACCUUUAACAUCAGAGGAAGUUAAGGGUAGUUUGGCUGAACCCUUCCCUUUUGGCAGUUCUCAGCCACUUCUAUCAGAAUCAGAAAGUUCUGAUGAUGACAAUAGCAAUGCCAAUUUAGAGCGUAAACAUUUCUCUAACGCUGUGCAAAGUAAACAGAGAGCUUGUGGUUUAGCUGGAGCAAAAAACCAAAGAUCAAAACCAGAAGUGAAUUUAAAAGGUAAAUCCAAAGACACUGGGAAAGAACAUGAAUCUAAAAAGAGAUCUUCGGAUUAUCAAGAAGGAAAGAGUGUUACAAAUACAGAAGAUUGCAAACAAUUAGUAAACAAUUCAGUUGUAAAAGUUAUAAAUGAAUCAAAACCUGUGAAAUGUGAUGCUUCAAUUAAAACUGAAAGCAAGAAGGCAGAACAACAAACAAGAAAAAGCUUGAGAAAGACAAAGAAUUCUGAUAUUGUUUGUAAAAAAAUGGAGGAGGAUGACAAAAACAUGACAAAGAAAAAAAGGAAACUUAAAGUCAACGAGAAUGAGAACAAUUUGAAACCAGAUGGAAAACGUUUUGCCCAAAAAAAGAUGAAAGAUGUUGCAAAUGUCCCACUGAAGGUUCAAAAGUACUUAGAUAGUCUUGCAGGGUCAAGUAACUUAGUGGACGUGGGAAUGUCUUCUGAGGGAAUUGAAAGUGACAGCGAAGAUGACUGGCAAGAUGUCCAUGAGGCUGAUAUUGAUAAGUCAUUGCUGGAGAGCCCAAAGAAGAAUGAAAAUAAGGAGAUGACUGUGAAAGAUGUUGCUGUUAGUCUAAAGGUCAAAUCUUUAUAUCAGUCAAAAAGCCGAAAGAAUAGAGAAAAGUUUUUGCAGUGUGUUGAGCGAACGAUGCGAAAAUUUCAGAAUGAAGUCAAAACCAACUUACACAAAAGUCACCUUGUUUGCUUGGUUGCAAGGCAGAUAUUACUGAACAGAACCUGCAAUGACCUAACUUUAAAGGCUCUUUGGCUCUCGUUAAUACCAACAAGUAUGUUGAAGUUACCAACAUCCAAGUGGGAAUUAGCAGAGCUUCGAAAAUUUCUUAAUUGGUUUCAAUUGCAAGAUAUUGAUAACCUACAUAUUUCUCUUCAAAAGAUAAACAGAAAACCGAAGCGCAUCCCGCAAAUUCAGCUUUUUGUUGCUGCACUUCGUGCUAUUGGCCUGCAGGCAAGACUGGUCAUGUCCCUACAACCAAUCACUUGGAAGGUUGACAACGCAAAUUUAUUCCGUCUAGGAAAUGGAAAGGAGCAAUCAUUAGAGACGAAACCACCAGUCGCAAAACUGAAAAACAGUCAGUCGAAAGAUGGCUCUAAACACCAAGGGAAAGUCACAAAAUCAGAGUUGGAAGAAGAAGGAAUGAAGAGAAAUGACAGCACAAGUAAAUCACCCUAUUUCAUGACAGAUACUUCAGAUUCUGAUAUUAAAAAGGAGUUGCAAGCAGCCGAGGGAAUCGGCAAAAAGAAGUCGACGCCUAAGCGUAGAGUUACCAAAGCUGAAGCUACCGUUAUUGAAAAUGUAAAGAAGUCUGCUAAAUCGAGGAAAACAAAUUCCAAAGAAGUUAGGCUUGACAAAAGAAAUCAGAACGGUAAAAGGAUGCGAGCACGUAAGAAGAUUGAUUAUAAAGAAACCGAUAACGAGGCUGAUGAUAAAGGCGAUUGUAAUGAUACGGACACUGUGAAGGAGAGCUGUGAAGAAGCUCAAAAUGAAAGAAAAUCAGAUGAUGAUGAUGAUGAUGAUGAUGAUGAUGAUUUUAUUGAAGCAACAAAAAGCUCACGAAAGUCCAUAGCAUCAAAAUUGUCAGAGAGGAGAGAAAAGAGAAGCUGUAUGCCCUCUGUUGACAGAGGUUACGCAAGGAAGCUUGUCAAGACAAUUGACGAUGAUGAUGAAUUCGACAAAACCAGUAAGCCAGUGAAGUUCAGAAAAAGUCUUAAUAACAAAGCUAAUUCGCCCACAGUAAAAGUCAUCUCUUCGGAUUCAGAGUCAUGUCAAAGCAAAGAAUCUUUGAACUUUGUCAAAAAUUCAAUUUCAGCUUGUGAUACAUGGUGCGAAGUUUAUCUAAAGUCAGUGAAGAAGUGGACAUGUGUCGAACUGGCUAAUAAAUCUAUUAACGAACCCUCAACAUGCGAAAGAAAUGCAACGCAACCACUUAUUUAUGUACUUGGCAUUGACAAUGAGAAUGCGAUCAAAGAUGUCACGUGCCGUUAUUCUGCAAAGUUCAUGUCUAAAACUCGUAAACUUCGCAUUGACAGAGAGUGGUGGGCUCAAACUCUACACCCUUACGAGACUAAGGAGCGAAAACGAGACAACCUAGAAGAUACCGAAUUAAAGAUGAAUUUGAUGCAACAGCCAUUUCCAACGACCAUUGGUGAAUUCAAGAACCACCCACUUUACGUUCUCGAAGGCGAUCUCUUGAAGUUUGAAGCCAUAUAUCCCGAAUCACCGGCAGUUUUGGGUUAUUUCAGAAACAAGGCCAUUUAUUCCAGAGACUGUGUCCAUAUUCUCCAUACUCGAGAAAACUGGUUAAAAGAGGCGAGAGUUGUCAAGCAAGGUGAAAAGGCUUACAAGAUUGUUCGGGGAAGGCCUAAACGGAACACACCCAUUCACGAAAGAGACAAGGUUAAAAUCGAUCUCUUUGGUUUGUGGCAAACUGAAGUUUACAAGCCUCCUCCGGUUAAAGAUGGGAAGGUACCCCGUAACGAGUAUGGAAAUGUGGAACUCUUCCAGCCGUCCAUGUUACCUCCAGGGGGUGUUCACGUGCCAAUCCAAGGUAUUCACAAAACCGCGAGAAAGCUCGGGAUUGACGCGGCUCCUGCAAUGAUGGGUUGGGAUUUUCACGGCGGAUGUGCCCAUCCAAUAAUCGAAGGCGUCGUUGUUGCUGCAGAAUUUGAGGAAAAACUCCUUGAUGCAUGGCAAAAGGACGAAGAUGAGAGAGAGAGGAAGCUAAAAGAGAAAAAGGAAAAGAAGAUCAUCGAAAGAUGGAAACUUUUGGUCAAAGGGCUUAACGUUCGCGAACGAAUAAGAAAGAAAUACAACUUCAUGGAAAGCGAAGACGUGGAGCGUCUUAAAACUCGAAAAGAUAGCAAGUCUGCAACGGAUGUUCUGGUCUCUUGGCCGCUAAACAAGCAAGAAGGGACGUCUUCUCUUAACGAAACAGGUCAUUGUCACGUUUUUCCUGAUUCAAGUCACAAGCAGAACAAAAUUACGGGAGAGUGGACCAAAAGUUGUUCAUGUGGUCUGUCUUUGCCUUUCGAAAAACUCUAAUAUGUUUCUUGAUCACGUAAAGCAAAUUCGGAGAAUCUUUUAAAAGACAACAAACAUUAUGAAUAUAUUCAACUAUAUUAAUGGUAUAAUCAUUUGCAUUGGACUUAAUGGCCCAUAAACAAUAACGGUAUUGACAAUCUUAUUACCACGUUUUUAUGGAAAGCCAGGAUAAUUCAAUUACCUUCAUCAAAGCAAGAUAUUUUUGAUUGGAGACAGCAUUUGCUAGAAUGUCUGCUCUCGAUUCAUAUUUCUAUACGGAUGCAAAGCUAUCGCAUUGUAAAAAAUAUGGCGCUGGAAUUGUGUUUAGGCUAUUGUUCCAGCUAAUGUUCUCGUUAACCAAUCCACAACGAGACAAAUUGCCUUUAAGCGAUAAUGUGCAUAGCAUUGUGAUUAGAUAGAAGGGAAGGAAUUUUAUUGGGUCAUUUAACUCUGAUAAAAGUGAAAAGCGAAAAUUAUGAAGGUCAAGGCUUGAAAUUUUCAACUGAUAAUCCAAGCAUUUUUUACGAUUCGCGGACAAGUACUCACGCUGGAUAGAGUUAUGCAAGAAAUUGUUGUCUCUCUAGCCUCGAUAUGUUUCUUUCAACCUUUGUUGAUUAUCUGCUGUUGGAAAAAGUUUCAUUUAGAUAUUCUAUAAAUUUAGUUUUGGUUAUUGAAUUUUGUGCUGUGUUAUGUUACUUGUAUGUUUAUUUUGUUUGUAAUAAUCGUAAAUAACCAUAGAGUUUUGCAAAAAUAAUCAUAGCCUUGCAUAGACCGUUACAGAACUCAACUCCGGUUUUGUUCUGCUUCAAGCUGUGAGACUGAAGGAUCUCAAAGAACAUUCAUUUUUAAACUCUGAUUCGUGGAUGAAAAGCUUGGUCUGUAUAGACUUUCCCAAAGUCAAUUUUUUAUUAAAUCCGUAAAGCAUUUGUGCUAGUGCGAGGGAUUCGUACUACUGUCCGCAGUUAAGAUAUGCCCUCCCACUAGUACGAAUGAUUUAUGGAUUUAAUAAAAAAUUGACUCUGGGAAAGUCUAGGUCUACAAGUCAUUCACUUUUUGAGGGACAUUACUACAUUUAUUGAUGAUACGCACAUGGGUUUUUCCGAUAGGAGUUGUGGUGGUGCAGUGGGAGUGCAGUGGGAGUGCAGUGGGAGUGAUGUGGGAGUGCAGUGGGAGUGCAGUGGGAGUGCUGUGGGAGUGAUGUGGGAGUGAUGUGGGAGUGAUGUGGGAGCGCUGUGAGAGCACUGUGGUGAUGCAAUGGGAGUGCUGUGGGACGUGACUACCAGUUUCUGCUUGGUCCUGGUCAAAACCGAUCGUUUGUCUGUCAAACUGCCUUGAGGCACAGGAAAACUCGAAAAUAAGAGACACAAAUAAGAGGCAAAAAUAACAAUAAAAAAUAAACCAAAAAUAACAAAUGGCUGUUAAUUAGACGACACACAUUUUGUAAAAUGAUGGCUAGGGGGCGCUUCUUCAGAUUUUCUUCCUUUCGGUAUUAAAUUUUGUGCUAAAAACUGAAUAAUUAGAAAAACCAAUAACUUUCAAGCACUUUCAAUUUUAUUCUUAUUUAUGCGAGCAUCUUUAUUAAAAAAAGUGUCUUUGUUCUCAAAUAACAAGUUCUAAUUUGCUGGCACUUACUAGUAGUGAAAUUAAUACAAUUUGCCUUUGUAGAUAUUUUUGCAUUUGUAGAAAUGGCGUUUUGGGUGGGGGAUUCUUAGGUUUGAAAAACGGGGUGAUUAAUAACUAAAUGUUUCUCCUUUUGAACUCACUGGGACAAACGCGUCUGGGACAAACCCGUAUGCAGAGCAAGGCAAAUGCGCAACCAAGAUGCAGUCAUGGAAACGCCGAGGGCAGGGCACACCUGAAAACUAGAAACAUUUAAUUAAAUCUGAGAAGUUGAUAGUGCCAGGGCACUUGGCAUGGAGUUGAUAGUGCCGCCGCACCCGCACCUGAGGUGCGGGCUGUUGGUGCGCCCGAAAUCUUGUCGAAACCGGCCAUACUAUUCAAACUGGGUGGCAGCAAGCAUGAUAGCAGAAGUAUGAAAAAACUCUAAUACUUUGAUACUACUUUAAUAAUAUGUGUGAAAAAAACAGUCAACGGGGGAAAAUGUAAGUUCCAAAAAAGGCAAAAUAUUAUCAUCAAAAUCAUCUAUCUCUAACUUGGAACUGUGUCUCACAUUAAAGAUAUAAUAAAAGUGUCCUUUUAAUAACUACCUUCAUAAUACGAAUCCCAGUCAAAUUUUACUUGAAUUGAAUUAGGUACUCUGGGUACAUCUGGUUGUCUGGAAACACCACAAAAAUUGACGGAUUGGCUACAUCGUUAACGACUGAGUCAUACAGCUCGGUUCCCUGUCCUUUACACGGUGCUACCUUUAAACCGCUUUUUCCUUGCGUAUAUUCACCGACAAGAACCUUGACAAUAUACAUGUAUCUGUAUCCAUCUUGGCUGGGCUGGGCGUACCCUACCGAAUAUUCAGCAUUAACGGCGAAAUAGUUUCCAUUUCCAUAUGCAGCUGCUACGAAAAGAUGCAAACGUUAACUCAAAUAUUUGUUGACACAAAUAUGGCCCCAAUUUGAACCGUACCAGACUAAAAUGAUCAAAUUUGGCGAUUUUGAUUCCUGACGAAAAUGGCGAUUAAAAUAUAUAGGUUAGAUAUAAGAAUGUAAAGAGAUUGAAGAAAAUUACGAAUUCUCACUGGAUUAUUUAGAAUAGGAGUGAUGCCAUCUCGAAUUUUUUUUAACUUAUCUUCUCCCUAAUCAUCGCAAUUGGCCCAUAUAGUAACAAAAAACUCACUUUUUCAAACGUAUUAUUGAUAUACUUGUUUUUAGUAGUGCUUGCGUCUACAUGAACGAAAUUUAAAGCAAAACAAAAAACACCCUCCCUGAAAGACUUUUGACCCCCCGUAAUUCGAAAAAGCCUCUCGAACAUUCAUUCGAUCAACAUUCAGAUUCGAAAGCUAAGGCCCUGUUCACACGGGAACGCAAUCGUUCCGUUCCAUUUUUGUUCCAGUUUCUGGAACGGAAAAGUAUACUGUUCACACGGUAACGGAACGAUUGCGUAUCGAUUUUUGUUUAUGUUCAGACGGGAACGCAAUCGCUCCGUUCUGCCAUUUGCGCGCCAAAAUAAGCAAAUGAUUUUUAAUGCGCAUGUCCAUAAUGGAGAGAUAGAUUUCAUCAUUUCGAUUUAUCUCUGAGCUAUCUCUGAAUUUUUUAAACAAUUUGAAUAAAUGGAGAAUACAAAAUAAGCAAGCUCGUGGGAAAAUGGAAGCCAACCCUAAAAGGAAGGAAUUUCAAUGUUUGCAGAUUGUGUUGAAUCUUUUAAAUGGACUGACGACGAGAUUCAGCUGCUUCUCGAGGUGAUGAAAGACUACCAGUCCAUCCAAGCCCCAAGUAACCACAACUACCACAACACAGACGCAUGCGCCAAGGGCAAAACUCUUAUCGUUCUAUUUUCAGGACCAGUUCUGCGCGUUCACACGGGAACGGAACGGAACGGAACGGAACGAUUGCGUACCGUUCCACUUUUCGUAUCACUUAUUUUAUCGUUCCACUUUUUGGAACGGAACGAACGUGAACGGAAAAAUUUGUAAAUUAGGUUUGAUUGGUAAAUUUCUUUUGUUACUAGUAUUUUAACAUAGUUAUUAGCUCUUAUUUUAAUCUUUUAAACAGGUCAGGUUGAAAAACAUAUGUAUGAACCUUUAACCUGUAUAAAUAUUAUAAAAAUAUUAUAUUAUAAAAAAAAAAUGAAAAAAUGUCAUUUGAAGCGUUCCCGUGUGAACACAACCCCUGAGCGUUCCGCUUUUCGGAACAGAAUCAAAGGCUGAACAGUGAGUGCAUCUAUGACGGGAUUAUGAACCAUUCCUAGGGUUAAGGUAAGUAUACAAUUGAUUUUGUCUAAAUGUGAAAUGUGGGUGGGGAGAGGUAAAAACGUAAUUUACCUGAAUCUCGACACGAAAUUUAUCGAUCAUUUGCAAGGUGUUUUUUUAUAUUAUUCUUUGCGAUCGAACAGUGGCGCCAAUAUAGGUUAAAUAGCAACGCGUGAUGACGAACUGGACAAAAUAUAAGGUGGAAAUUUGCUUUGCAAUGUUUUUUGUAGACAAUGUGGUAAAAACACGCUGAAAUGGCGCAAAUGAGCCUAAUUCUAGCUGUGAAGCGAUUUUGUUGUGAGAAUCCUGUGUGCUGAUUGGCUUAGAACAUGGUAGCGAACAGAGCUCUCAGCCAAUCAAAGAUUUGACCGCUAUGCUUACCCUGGUUACCAGAGCCGUGUGCAACCGGGGAUAUAGUAUUGCAGAUGGCUGCGGUGGCAAAGGAUGAGUAAAUGCGGAGGAGGAGAAGGAUAGAGGAAACACAACAUCCCUUUUUCCAAUCCUCGCUCAAAAAAUAUUUCUGUGUCUAGUUUCGAACUAUAGAACUGUUGCAAUUUUUACCGUGUUUUCCAGCAUAACUCCGAUUAAAUCCAUGAUGGUUGAUUUGUUCUAAAUUUUCUUUAGUGGUCCCAUGGAAUAAAUUCCGUUCAUUAUUCCUAGACCCGUUUGCCGUGUCCAUCGCCUUCUUUCUCAAUUGAUAGUGCUUAUAAAGAGUAGGGUUUUGAAUUCGCCACAAUUUUCUGAUUGUUUCCACUCUCCCUUUGGACCUCAACUUCACUUCCUGCUCAACCUCCUGAAAUUCUUUGCUUACAUGCUGCAGCUCUACCUUGUGAUACGGGCACUCCUUGCCAUGAAUGUCCUUGGGCAUCGGCUCCCAGCAAUGUGGCACUUCAUUAAAAGUAUCUGGUAAAAUAAGAUAGUUUUUUAUUCAGGAUAUCAAUAUUGUAAAAACAUAAAUCAAAAACUCAAUGACACUUAGUACUCGGUAAUAAUUGCAUUGUAUUCAAUGAUUUAUUUAAGUUUAGUUGUUACAAUAGUGGAAAACACUAGUUUAGUUUAGACAAACAUUUAGCACUUUUAUGGCUUGCAUAAGGCAGUUAAUUUUCUGCUAGAAAAGGUUGUGCAUUAACUCGAGGAUUCCACGAAAUGUUCCCAUUUAGACCAGACGGAAAUGGCGGGGAGUACCACUUUUGGCGGGCAAAUUUCGAUUAUGAAUUGUGAUAGUAAAUGGGGUAAAAUGGGGGUUUAAUCAGGAGAACCAGGUCCCUGCUUUUCUUCUGCGAAGGAGAAACGUGGCUUGAAUUCCCUGUUCGACCAUUUGGCUGGGCUCGGUUCUACGAUUUUCCGACAAGACGACAUCUUGGAUGGGCUUCCGCUUCCGACACAUUGAACAUUUGUCAAAUAUCCACCGAAAGCCCGAAUUUUUCGACGCAAAAGCCUUUGUUUCGCGUUUUACUUGCACGAUCCCUGUAUUCCGCAUUCCUUGGAAAAUUUGUGCUGGUUAAAUUUUACCACUCCGACAGUGCUGAAGCCCGUACUGUCUGGGUGCAUUCGUAGGCAGCAUAUUGUAAAUUGGUUUCUAAAUACGGCAGGUUCCGAGCUAAAUGUUCGGCAAAACUUCAGAAUGACACAACAAAUAAACAUAGAUAUAGUUUUCUCAAACGUAUAUCGUUGUACGACUUGUACCACUAAGCCUUUCACAAGAGCGAAGUGUACGUGCUCACAAUGCUAGCUCUAACUCUUCACUAACUCAGGAUUCGUAGAGAACGAUAUAUAUAUGUUAAACUAGUUCCUUGUACAAAUAAAAGAUGUAAAUGUGCUAAUCUUAGGUGUCUACAUAAGAGGAAAAACAAGCUAGAAAAACAAUAGGAAUGUGUCUAGAUACAUAUAUAUAUAAGCUGAGUCAAUCCAUAGUGUAGUUCUUAAAAUAAUACUAUAAUAGAGGGUGGGUUUCCUUAGUGACAGUGUUCCUACUAGUAUACGCAAUGCAACAAAGAGUGCGAUGCAAGUCGACGCAAAAGAGUAUGCACAAACAAGUAUGACUAACGCUGGGAGAGUGAAUGAAUGGGGCGAAGGAAAUGCGCAAACGAGGCAGGUAAGAGCGAGGCUUAGCGCUUGGAGUGGCGGUAUUACAAUAUAAAGGUAUGAUUCCUUAACUUACAAAGAUUUCUUACUUUGAAUGAAUUAUAAAAUUUUAACUAAACAGUUGACCCGUUUUGAUGAAAAAGUUCCUAAAUCAAAAGAUUUCCGAGAGCCCCCUCGCCAGGAAGCCAACUGUUAUAUGCCACGAAAUAUCCCCAUGCCCCCCCCCCAAAAAAAAGUCGGGAAGACAUAUUUUUUUGUUUUUCCAUAGUAAUUCAUUGGAUAUACUUGCAAAUGCACUGCUUCAGACAUUGCUAUCUCGUAUUUUCCUUGCAAAAACGAUUUAUACAGGGACAUGAAAUUUCUCGUUCGACCCCCCCCUCCCCAUAUCUUGAAAACACCUCCACGCACGCCCGAUCAACAUCCAGAUUCAAAAUCUACGCCCAGAACUAUCCCAGAAAAACAUCAUUCAAUAAUUUGUUCUCUCAGGGGCAAUGCUCCCCAUAGAGUUUUAAAGUGUGACGUCACCAAAAAGCUUUUUUAGAAUUUUUGAAUUUUAACCACAUAGCGUAAAAGAUCACCAUGAAAUACUUUCAAAUACGCAAAAUUGGCCAAAUAUGUCCAAAAUCGGUUGAGAUAUGGCUAAUGAAAGAUUUGAAGUUUGCUAACGAAUCACUGUUAUUUUGGCUCUGUUCAUAAAGUUAUGAACAGAGACCAAAAAACAGAGGUUUGAUGGAGAGAGAACCAAUAAACAUGUGGCCAUAUCUCUGCCAUUUCGUAAUACACUUGCCUGAUUUUGCAAAUUCAGAGGUAUUUCAUGAUGCUUUUUCAGGUUAUGGGAUCCAAAUUAAAAAAUUCUAAAAAAAGAUUUUUGUGACUUCAUCACUUUAGAACUCUAUUACAGCAACUGGUCUAAGGGCAAUGCUUUCAAUGUCAGGUUGUCAACUUCUACGUCACAGCAUCACGUGAUACGUUUCCCGCUAAAAUAUAAAUAGCUAUUUUGGGGGUCUUACAAACCCAAAAUCGUGGCAAUAUUUUGCAAGCAUGUUCAGAUAGCUUUUACUUACAAGUAUCAAGAUGAAAAAAUUUGGCGCGAAAAUAGGUGGCAUAAGUCCUUUAAAAAUGGCUUUUAAAAAUGCAAACAUUUGAUUAUACUAAAGCUUUCCGUCUGACACUCUUCAGGGUAUAAAACGUCAGAACAUUGAUCGAAAACUCUACGUUAGGAAAUAUAUAUACCCAGUGGUGGAUUGAAAUAGGCCAAUCAGAAACGCGAGCACAUGACUGUUGAGGUUGCCCAAUCAGUGCCACUUGCCUAUGGAGAAUGUUACCAAUAGGUGAAAAGGAACUCCUUUUGUCUACACAAUAGUGGUUUUUUCGUGCUUAUGUAGAUAGAUGCCAAAACUGCUAAAUGAAACGAAUCUAUCUACAUAAGUUAUCCAAGUUUUCGUAAGCUUUUCGAUUUCUUUGGGCUGUUUUGAUUUCAUCUGGAAAUGAUUUUCAGAUUUUCGGCUCUUGGAAACUGAGUGAUAUGAGGCCAUAAUUUGUAUUUAUAAUCCCUUGUAUCACAAAGGGAUUUUGUAUAGAAAGGCUAUGACUCGUUAGUUUUGUCGAAAAAUAUUCCUUUAUAGGAUUUAGAUUGUUCAGAGAUGUUUAUACUUCAAGUGCUAUAAUUUUAGUUGUUUAAUAUGGAUGGUAGAUUGUAAUCCUUUCUCAUUUAUUUUUUCUAGUUAAUCCUAUCUUCCUUCUGCUGCUUAACGUCCAUAUUAAUGGGCAAUAUUUAAAAUGACAUAAAUGUAAAAGAAUUUAUAAUUAUUUAUUUCAUUUUCUCCAUGUUUUGCUAUUUGCUCUAGGCAAAACAACUGGAAUAUAAGUAAAACAAAGCAUAGCAGUCGAGCAGCCUGCAACUUCAGUUGGCGAACUAGGCUUGUUGCCCCUCCUGUCCAAGGGGCAUUUUAGGGCAAACGAAUAUUUUUUUGGGAAAGGAGAGGGGGACCAAACCAAGCAUCAACAAAUGAAAAUUAAAAAUGUUGAAACAAAAAAUGAGCAAAGUUGCAUUUAGAUAAAUAUUGGAGAGAGCAUGGCUUCAUCAGCCUCUUCGUUUUUCAGACCUGUAUUGUUUGUUAUUGUGAACAAAAGCUAGACUCCCAGCUGAUGACUCGUUGUGGUGGAUGUCAACCCCUGCGACGGCUGAAGGAUCAAUCACAUCAUUUAGUAUCCUCCCAUGAGUGGUAUGUAUUAUAGAUCGCCAUAUUUGCUUAAAUGAAUACAUACCUAUAUUGCUAUGGAUGUAGUUUACAACUGCUGUGUUUCCAGCUGGAGUGCCCUCUAUCUGAACAUCGCCUGAAUGGAAAAAUAAGGUCUUUAAAUGACAAAGAACCGGCUAGGCCUAGGCAGCCUUUCCACUAGCCCGGGCUAAAACAAAUCGGGAUAGAAUGUAUCCGUUUUUAAGGUGAGACAAUAAAAACGACAGUUUGCUUUAAACUCGUUUUAAUCCGUUUUUGGUCGUUUCCACCAAGCUGGGUUUAAAUUUAUCCAGACUCAAAUGUAUUCUCCGCUCCUCUACACCUCAGGUAAACCAGAUGUAGAUAAUUAUGCACGUGGAGUUGUUAGAGAUAUCAGUAUUUACAACAAUGUCCCUGAAUUUCUCUGUAUAACGCUGUUGUUGUUGAGUGGAUCAAAAGUUUUCCGGGUUUGGCGUUUCAAUUAACCCACAUAACAGGUUGCUUACUGAUCCACUCACAGAACCGUUUUUAAUCUGUUUUUCAAGUACGUCAGUGGGAACAAAACGCAAAAACGGAUAACUUCUUACUUGUUUUUGUUUAAAGCCCGAUUAGUCGAAAACUCGAAAGGUUUCCCAAAUUUCCAUUUAAGUUUUUCAAGUAGUUUAGUAGAACAAAAUGCAAAAACGGAUAAUUUUUAGGCCGGGUUACUCGAAAGGCUACCAUAUAGACAGGGAAUUUUGUAGAAAAAACUAGCAAACUGCCUAACCUCAAAUUUUAUUUCACAUUCUUACUAAAUCGACCAUGGGGAUUCCAAAUCCAAGAUGGGCCAAAAAAAAUUAUCACCGGAAGUUACUGUUUUUGAUGACGUCAUCAAAAAAAUGAUAAAAAAUCUUUAAAAAUCGGCCAAGGGCUCGAACUCAACUUUUUUUGCAUUUUUGCACUAAAUUAACUAUGCAGAUUUCAAAUCUGAGAUGAAAUGAAAAAUAUCUUGAACGGAAGUCAAAUUUUGUGAUGACGUCAUCAACUUGGAGAAAAUUCACUUUGAACCUUUUUAAUUGUUUUCUUGCAACUAUCAUUGUCAAAUAUGUUCCAUAUUCGAAUUGCACACAUUCAGUGCUUUUAAAAGAUGUAUUGAAUUUCUAUUAUAUUUACUUUUAAACGCUCUUUCAUGACGUCAUCAUCAUUUUAUGACGUCAUUGCCUUUUAAAGGUAAUUGAAUAACGCGUGAAAGGAUGCCUAAAAAUCUUUAGCUAGUUAAAAAAGUCAUUCAAAAUUAAAAUUUCGUUGUAUAGAAAAUGAUAUGGAUCCAUUCAUCCUUCAUCACUGUCUCCUUUGCUGGAACUCUAGAAGAAAAUGUAGUUCCACUCAUCAUCGUCUGCUUUAAGCUGAUCACCUCACCAUAAUUUUUCCCAUGGCCUAGUCCUCAUUGGUUACGGAAUUUUCUUCGACUUCAUUACUAGAGCGCUGCAGAUCUUGCAGUUUUUUUAGCGGAGGGUGUGCAGGGCCCUGCACAAGAUGAACAUAAUUUGUGUGAAAAAAAUUUUAGAAUUAUUUUGCUGACUCCAGUAUUUUCUGCAGAUAUUCACAGCUUUUUUAACGUUGAAGAUCGGAUAUUUUUGUCAUCAAGCCGUUAAGAAACGUUUUUCUCUGUAUAUCCUCUUCGUGCCAUUUCUUAUUUAUUUAUCAAAUGUAUGUUCAAAAUUAGAAUAUGUAAAGAAAUUUUUUAUUUAUCAAAUGUAUGUUCAAAAUUAGAAUAUGUAAAGAAAUUUUUUUCCUAUAAACCACACUAAUACCACCUGUAGGCCAGAUCAUUCUUUCCAUCGUAUGUCUAACCAAAGCUUAAAGGCAAUUUCUCUUACAAUCUUCUUUCGAUAAUGUAACCAAUAGUAAAUGCUUGUGUCAACCAGUAUGGAUCUGGUUGUAGAGCUUCUGAUUAUCUGUUUUUCAUUGCCUUGCGAAUUCCUACUCUUAUCUGCACAAGUGUUUCAUCACAUUUCCCUUUGUAUGAUUAUUUUUGCCCAAAUUUUAUCGCUUUCGUGAGAAUGUCUUUGCAGAUUUCCUGUCUCAUCGUAACUCUCUUGAGCAAUUUUCCCUUUCCAGAACACUCCUAAAGCUUUUUAAAAUGUUAGCUUUCCUUACAACAACAUUACCGGUGUUGUUUCGCAGCCAAUAACUGCAUGAACAGCCGGUAGAUUUUUGGAACUAUCUAAACCCAGGUAAGACACGACGUUCCAAAAUUAACCUACUUCUCGUUGUCAAUCUUUAAGGAAUAUUUCCUUGAAGGCUUUUCACACAAUAAGCAGAAAACUACAUUAGUGUCCUUUCGACAACUAAUAAAUUUUAUCGAUGAGGAAAGAAUGGAAUAUCAAGUGGAUGUCAGCCUUUUCAUAGCUGCAAUUAAGCAAGUAUGUCGUGGAAUCUUUGAUUAUCUUUAAGGUUUGUUCUUUAUUGGUAAACACGAGUGCUUUCAAAAUUAACUGCUUUCCUGCUUUCCUACAAAAUUCCCUGUCUAAUAGUUUCUACUUAAACGAAUACAUUUGGAUCUAUCGACGUCACUCUAUGACUAUCGACAAGCCGGAUCGAGAGUCAGUUCUUUUGAUGAUUUCGCAGUCAUGUUUGAGGAAGGAAAAACAAUUUCAUCCGAUAGAAAUGCUUUGAAGGGAAAGCAAGGUCGAACAUUAUUUAUUGACUGGGAGCUUAUAUUUUAUGGCUGCAUUAUGCUUUAAUUAAGGUGAUUAUUGCUCAUACCUUUAAUUCCUUUCCCACCAUAACCCCCUCACCUUCUCUCCCCCACCAUCCCAUCCCUUCUUCUUCCUUACCCAAAAACUUAUCUCUCACUUGCCUAUCCCUCAGAUUAUGGCUGAGUUCUUCUUCACUACUCAUCUUUCAUAUCCUUUCCUCCGCCUGCUAAACUUUGAAAGAAGAAUUUCUAACCUGUAUCUUCAUUUCCUUUGAAUUACUUACCAUCACUAGAUAGCGUCAUUUUGACUCCAAUUGCUUUCGCGUGGCGAAACAGCUGCUCUUUUUGAAGUUGAGGGCAAUCUUUGAGCGCAUCUAGCUUAAAGCUAACUUUAACAGUAUUCUCCUGGACAAAUUUCUGAAGCAUCUUCUUGGCAAGAUUAACGUCAUUCGAGUCAAACCCUAUAAAAUGAACUCCCCAAACUGUGUCUUGUCUAUAUGCACUUUGACAUGCUUUAAAAAAUCUUUCCAUAGCGCGGAUAGAUUUUGUGUCUUUUUCAUAAGCAACUAUUUUGAUGAGCUUGAUGGCACUGAUCAACGAGCAUUUAGAAUGAUACUCGAAACUGUCUUUGAAUACUUGUAAAACCGUCUCGACAUUGUAACCCUUGCCUCCGGUUCCAAGCAAUGGAAAGGCCACUGAAUGGUAACCAUAAAAAGAAGCUUUUUCCAAUACUUUUACGAUCAAGUCUUGCAGUUUCUAUGGAUAAAAUUUCAAAAAAUCGGCUUUAUUUGAAAACAAAAUGCAAGUAGUAGCUUCUCUGACCUUAUUACUGUAAUGAGACUCAAGGACGCACAGGUAAACCUAGUACGAAUAAAAUUGUUCGACCUCUUUUGAAGGUCACUGUCGAAAUAAAAUGUUAGGCUCCCAUGCAACAUACCGUAAAUCCUCGAAUUAGCCCUCUGGGGGCUUAUUUAUUUUUGAUAUUUUUGGAUGGGGGCUAUACGAUAGGGAGUGGGGGCUUAUAAAAUUAUUGUAGACAUUAAGAAGACAUUAUUAAAAGACCUCGUUUAUUUUAGUAGGAAUUCCUUUAUGAGCAUUUAAUUAAUUAUUACCAAAAGUAUGAAUUUUUGUGGUUAUUAAAUAAAACGCCAAAGGCAACAUCAGAGGGGGCAAUUCGAGGAUUUACGGUAGCAGUGGGGGCUUUUUCGAGGGGGUUUAUUAACAAUUUGUAGUUCUAGGGUGGGAGUCAAUUCGAGGGGGGCUUUUUCGAGGGGGGGGGGGCAAUUCGAGGAUUUACGGUAGUUACCUUUGAGUCGAAACUGCCAAGGACGACAUGGUACACUUCUUUACAAUGAAGAUACCCAGCUUUUGUUGCACGAAAGUCCCAAACGCCGACUUCACCAAACGAAUUGACACUUGUGCGUAUAUCGAAUGCAUAAUGAUUGCCGGCUGCAGCGUACAAAGAUCUAGAGCACCCUGAUGUCGAAGACAUACUACCUGUUGUUGUGUUCACAAUGACAUCAACCUGCAAAGAGGGCCCGUUAUUGUCAUUGCCAUUUCCAUACAACAUCAAUAAUUUCACGCCAUUUUAAAAAGUGCUUUUGCACAAAACUGAAUCCUGCUCUUGGCAACACAAGUAUAUUUUUCAGGGACAAACUCCCCCCUUCCCCCUCAAAGUCCUUUUAACAUCCCUUUUACUUUUCAGUCUUGUUUUGAAACAAUUACCAAUAUUUAGAAAGGCAGCAGCCGCACCACCUUUUUUAUACAAGCAACUUUUUGAUAGCAAGGAGGGAUUGUUUGAUAUUGCUAUAGAAUUCUCUAUAAAAAUUUCUUGACCCUUUAAUUGAUUCGCCCCAAGUUGAUAUUUUUUUGGUAUUCAUUAUGGUCUCUUGUGACGUUUUACCUCUACCAGUUCUACAAGACUCAAACAAUGUUGUGGAAUCUUUUGUUUUCUUGGGUUUUUUUGGUUUAGAAUACUUAGGUGAGAUGUGGGUUUCAUAGCAUUUCUAUUCCCUUUAUUGGGUCGACAAAGCGUGUUCGCUUUUUAUCAACCCACCCAUCCUCACUUGUUUCCUUUAACGAAAAUUUGCUUUCCGGUAUAACCUUAACAGUUUUAGUUUUUUUUCCAGCAUCAUUAUAACUUCUCAAACCUUUGGGCCUCUUUUAUGCCAUUGACGUUCUGAUGUUUAUAGGUAUGAUUUUUCGCCCUACAACUUGCAUUGUAACUUCUGUCUCCAGUUAGAAAGUCUGCUGAAGCUCAUACCUACCGUGAACUAGAAUUUUUUCGUGUUUCGUGGCUCGCUAACACCACAGCCUGAAACGAAAUUAACCGCGAAACCACCUGGAUGACUUGGUUUCAAACGUCAAAAUAUUUACAUUUUCAGAAAAAAAUUUCAUGAUUCAUAUUGAUUUAAAGGGAAGCAGUUCCCCCCAAAUCCCCUAGGAAUUAUAUAAAGAAAAUGUUAAAUAGGAUGCUAUUUAAAAGUCUAGAAAAAAACUACAAAAAUGAAAAGUAGAAUAACCACAGUGCGACUUUGCACCAACUUUGUGCCAAUUUCGAAAUGGUGCCAGAUAAUAAAGGAGGACACAUCCUAAUAUAAGAGAGCUGUAGACAUAAAAACUCGAGGAAAUCGUAUUGGAUUGAAACUUACCCGCUCUUUCGCAAUAUCUGCAACUACUGAUUCGACGAAAAAACAGCCUGAUGGGAUAGCAUAGUUAUAUUUUAACAGAGUGCCCAUUGGUUCGUCAUGGUCGGGCAUCCAAAAUAACACAUUAUGCCAAAUGAAAUCAUGAAAUGGUGAAGCUGCAUUCUGCAUUGGUAUUUGUUUACAGACAAAUUUCGAAGCGACAGAGUGCUUCUUGAGCAUACGAUGGCGGAGAUUUUCAAAGUUUUCCGUUUUGAGCAACUCAUUGAUUCCUACCUUGUCUAGCACAACGGAAGCCCUCUCAAUGUGCAACUUUGAUACCACAUUGUCAAGCUUUUCACAAACGAGAUCAAAGUUUUUCAAUAAAAAAGUUCCUUUUUCUGUAUUUAGUAGCUCCAAAAUCGAUGUGGUAUCAAACUUUGGAUUUUUUUCGUUACCCAAGUACCUAGCCAAGGUUUCCAAAGCUUGCUGAUUCUUCUCAGCAAUCUUUCCAAGAAGCAGCUCGUCAAUUCUGAAUCGAGCUCUUUCCACAUCGCUGUCUUUUCCUGUGAUACUCAUUUUCUUGCCAUUGAUUUUCAAAGAGCAUCGUUUAUCCUCCUUUUCGUAUGAGCGAAUUACUUGAUUAAUCUCGUCAUCUAAGAGUUUCAAGGUCUCGAGAGCGAUUGAUACCUGCUUAAACUGUGAUAUGAAUUUUUUCAAAAACAAACGAACCCUUUCUUCUAACGAAGCAUCAUAUUCGUCAAGCUCAACGGACAGACAGCCGUUGUCACCAUUUCUUUCAUCAUUUUUCUUAUUGAAGUUGAUUUGUGCACCAUCAAGACUCGCUUCCAAUCGGCUCUUCAGUUCUUGCCUUGACCAAAUGAAACUGAUAAUAUCUUUAUCGUAAUCCUUUAUGUAGAUUGUCUUUGAUAGACCAUGCAUUGCUUCAUAGAUUUCUUCUGUUUGGUAAAAAUGGAUCAUAAUUAGGCAUAGGCCCUGUUUACAGGAUACUGUAUUAGUAUUGGUAGUGUACGCUGUAACAGCGUAAGAGGAACAACAAAACGAAGACUACGCCAUUAUUCCCCCUGAUUGAUGAGAUGAUUAUCUAUUACAGUAUUUAAUCAAUUAUCUGACCCGGACUUCGUUUAUCCGGACUUCUAUUAUCCGGACUUCGUUUAUCCGGACUUCGUUUAUCCGGACUUGGAUUAUCCGGUCCGUAAAAAAUGUGAAAAACCUUAUGAAAAACUUUUGAUGUGUCGGGGAGCCUUUUGUUGCUUUCCUUUUGACAAGUAUCUUAAAUGGCUUCGCUGGCAGCCAGAGGCACCAAUUGAAAAAACUUCCCACUGGUCCAGUUGCGGGAAAUGACUGCCAGAAAGCAUGGUUGUUAAGAUGUGAAGGAGAUAGAACAACGCAUGGGUUCCAAACAAAACAGAACGAUGAUUCAUAUAUUUACUUCAAUGGCCUACAUACAAACUUCACUGUAACAUGAAACUGAUAGGAUAUUUUAUCUACAUGGCAAUAUGUUGCUACACUGUUAGGUUACUACAAAGUUACAUCGCGCAUUCAGCGAAAAAUAUUUAGUGCUAACAGUAUUUCUUCUAAUGAACGCCGCCCUCCGAUAAACCCCGCCCUCUAUUGAACGCCGCACCUUCAGCCAACUUUUUGUAAAAAACGCCGCCCUCUGAUAAUCGCCGCCCUCUUUGAAACGCCGCAUCUUGAAAAGCGGCGUUCAUUAGAAAACACACCAAACAAGAAGUAGCCAAUAAUUUAUACGCUAUUCAAAGGCAAAUCAAAAGUUUUUACGUCAUUGAGACGAAGACUCUGAUGAAGACAGGGAUAUUGACAUUCCUUGACAUUUCCAUAACGUGAACACAUCACUUAAAGCAUAUCGAAAGCCUUGAAAUUGAAAACUAUAAGUGAGUUUCUAUUUGAUAUACUCAGCAAUAUAUUAUCGUUGCUGCUUUCUUUAGUCAAGUUAUGUUCUCGUGUACCAAGAUGUUAUUAUACAUGAACUGAAUACACAACCGGUCGUUACUAUUUAACUCUGUCUGGCCUCCAUUUUAAUAGCAGAAGCAAUAGAGAAUAACUUCGUAAAAUAGAGAAUAUUGGAGUAGCUAUGGUUCUAAAGUCUUUCAUUCAAUCCGCCAUUGACCAAUUACAGUAUUACGUUGUAGUAACCUAAUAGACUAUGCGCAGGAGCAUUACUUUAUGUGGCCCAUGUUUAUGGGCUGGUAGUUGUAGUUACGCGCGCCGUUGUUAUCCACGUUGUUCACUGUGUUUCUCACUGCCUCGCCCGCUAUUAGAGUAUUUAUGUCGAAAUCAUGAACAGAAACAUUGAAACUCACAGAGAUUUCAUUGAAAAGGACAUCUCUAGUUUUUUCAAGAUUUUUGCAAGGGAAAGCGUCCUACUAACAGUGCUUUCAAUGGAGCGACAUUGGAACGUUGCUAGGCCUAUUGAUGUAGAGAGCGGGCCUAAAAGACGAAACGGUGGCAAAGGAGGGUUUACAAGUUGUGUGCCACAAUGCUUCAGAAACAGUCGUGUGAAUCGGGAUUUAUCUUUUUACACUAUUUCUAAUGGUAAAAUUAAGGAAAAACUUUGCUAAAAACACGCUGGUUGCAUAUGAUCUCAAGGAGGGAUUUCCACCCCACCGCAGCACAUAGGUGGAAUUCUGGCACACAAAAUGCAAACCCGGCUCUUUGCAUCUCACUGGUGGACGUAAGACGUACAUAAUAAAUGUACCAACCAUUGUUCUAAAAAAGCGAAACAAGAAGCCCUUAAAGGAAAGGGCAACUUUACGCUCAAGAAAGAGAAGUCCUCUGAAGCUUUUUCCUGAAACUAAAAAAGAUUUUGACAAAGAAUACUCCGCUGACAACAGGCUUUUUCUUUGUUUGCAUUCAGCAGCCUUAUCAAAGACAAAGCUAUUGUAUUUGAAACGUUUUAAUGGCUGGUGUCCUGCUGGAGGAACAUUCCAUCUUUACCCUGCUGGAGGAACAUUUCAAAUCUCCCAGGCACGACGCCACUUCAGGAUGUAAAAUUCUCUCAAUCAAUACAAGAGCUUCUUGUAUAUCCCAUCGAUGUGCGUAAUCAAUUGAUCUCACGUUUUUCAUGGAUGCAUGACCUCUUACCUUCACGAAAUUUUGACAGCUUUAAAUGUGGGUUUUACAAAAAAACACCUCUGACUUAGCCUUCUUUCUAUAACCUAUAACCCUGUUUUUAUUACGGAAUGCUUUCGGGGCACUUCCACGCUUUGGCAUAGAAUUUAAUUUGGUAAUCAAAUGGUCAUGAAAUCUUUGGUUGUCGAAGUUUGGAAGGUUCUCCAAAGACUUCGUCAAACCAACUUUAUCAUCUGACAACUUAUCGACAUCUAAGCCCACUUCUUCAAAUUCAUCGACAUCAAUGUCAGUUUCUCUCAUCUUCUGGUGCGCUCCAUUGACAGCACUGUCAGUAGGACCUGUGUCCAUGCAAGAGUUUUGAAAAAACUAGGGAUGUCCUUUUUCAUUAAAUCUCCGUGAGUUUCAAUAUUCCAAUUAUGAUUUCGGCAUAACUACUUUGUUAACAAAGCGAAGCAGUGAGAAACAUGAUGGAUAACAACAUUGCGCGUAACUACAACUACCAGAAUGCGUUGAGUGUGGCAACACCUGUGACGUAAUAAUGGGAUCAGUCUAUUUUCUAACUUCAUGCCCUAUGUUAGAAUCCCGAGGUUACUUCUUGUGUUUGAUAUAUUUCCUAAGGAAAAUUAACUUGGUACAAAACACUUGAACGAGGUCUCACAUGCCACGCCCAUGACCCUCCCACACUGCAUUACGGCCCCCCUUGUUAAAAUUUUACAACUACAUCCCUGGAUCCAAAGGAGCCUUUACACGAGAUCGGAUCCUAAACUAUAUAGCGUUCACAAGGGGACGGAACAAGAUCGAAUCUGUCUUUUAAACAUGCGAAAUUUCAGGCGGAGUUGAAAUUUCGUUUCGUUCUUCAACAUUUGGUAAAGCAAUCUUUGUCGAUAAUCUGUUGCUUUAUCGCGUACAAUCGAAGUAGCCUCCAUUGACCUAAGCAACAGUCUCGUUUUUCUGCCGUGCCUUUGCAGAUCCAAAUCCACAAGUUUAUACAGCGUCGAUGGCGGUAUGGAUCUAAAUGGAUUCGCUUUCUAAUCGUACCCAGGAAGGUAUGGAUCUCUCCCAGAAAAGAUACGGAUCCUACCGUGCCCGUGUAAACGCAAGGCCUAUCGUAGCUAGUUUGGGUACGGAUCUAUGCAGAUCCGCUCCCGUGUAAACGGAGAUUAAGCUGCCACGCACAGCAGAUUCGUUCGUCGCGACCCGUGAUUUUUGUUUUCGAUGUAAAAAUCUGCUACCCUGUUUACACUACGGAAAAAAGAACGAGACUUCUUGGUUCCGUUAUUCUUUCGGUACGAUAGGUUUUUUCAUCGCAUUUACGCUGAAGCAAAAAGGAACUGAACCAAAUUUGAUCCCGUUUACACUUCAGUAAAGAGAAAGGAACUUUCAUGUGAAGCAUGCGUAGUGGCGCGGCGAUGACGCUGAAAUUUUCAGAAGACCUCACUCCAACACUACAAUGCCUGUCAAAAGUCUUGGAACCCUGACGUCAUGUUCCAAUGUCAAAUCAAUCAUCCCCCUCUCCCCCACGGGACAAUGCUGGUUUACUAUGACAUGGGCUAGGAUUUUAGGAAGCACUUUCUCUUGCGCUUCUUUUAAGAUAUUUCUCUAAAUUAUCAACAUUGUUUUAGGGGAAAGACGGCGGAAGUAGUAUUUUUUUCGGAAAAGGAAUGACAGAUAUAAAAUACAAUGCAAAUUGCUGGGUGUUUCAAGGGCUUUUGGCAGGCAUUUUAGAUUGAGCCGCGUUUUCAAUCGUUACCAAAAAGUUGCCUUCCUGGCCGUUUACAUUUGAGAGAACAAGCACGAUUUUGGAACGGAACCAAAGAGUUUCGCUUUUCAGCGAAACCAAAGAGGAACGGAACUGUUCUCAAUCUAGCAGGGAAACGAGAUACCUAGUGGAAAUGCAAGGCCUAUUGUCGCUUUUUCUAGCACGAAACCAAGGAGUUUCGUUCUUUUUACUGUAGUGUAAACGGGGUCUAAAAACUAAAUAUUUUUAUUGGAAGAGACAAUUUUUUUGAAAACAAACAUGUUUGGUAUUUUUUCGAUCGCUUGAGACGAAAGACAAAAAUUCGUUGUGCGCGGGACUACAAAUCUUGGAUCAUGUGACAAUUGGGGCCAAUCAAAGCGCACAGACUGUAUGUUUUUCUUUCAAAGUGGCCUGAACGAUAUCAAAGUUUUCGCAAAGAAAUGAUAGAUACAUUAACCGACAAGUUUCGCAAAUGCAUGAUUGUACCUUUGAUUGUAUUUUGACUGUCUAACAGCUUACCUGGCACAAAAUCUUCGUUGUAAUAGAGACAUCGAAGCUUUGACCCUUCGAGAAUUAAUUUGCCUUUGACAAGAUUUCCAGCAUCUACGGUUUAAUCAAAUCCGCUUAAGGUUUCAUUUUAAAAAAUAUAAAUUUUGUUUGAAGUCAAUCUUCUCCUAACUUCUAUUUAAAAUUUUAUCCACAAACAAGGUGGGUUACAUUUUAAGUCAAUGUACACUUAUAUACGAUUCGGUAUAUUUCUGUUUGAAUUUUACUCAAUAACACAACUUUUCGACAAACUGUAAUAGCAUACGUCUUUGAAGAUAAAUACCAAUUUCCAAAUUAUGGCAGUUCGCAACGAGAUCUCGCGCAUUCAGGAUCAUUUCAGGCACAUUUCAAGCGUUCGAGCCUCCCUUUACCUAUCAUAUAACGUGCAAAGUAGAGUUUUCUAUAUAAACGCUGUUGUAUUUUUGGUGUGCAUUGCCAAAUUUUGGCGUGCGAAACCAUACUGACUUCGUGCAUGCACUUGCCAUACACAGCAGACUGGAACCAAUGUUGACAAACAUUGUUUUCUUGAAAUAAGCUUGGAAGAUGGUGUCGUUGGCAAUUUUGACUAGUCAGAUUUGAAAAAAGCAAACAUUUUACAACAUGUUGGCUAAAAGCUUUUUCGUCUGACACUCCUCAGAGCAUAAAACGUCAGAACAAGGGUCCCAAAGAACACGAUGUUAAAUAUAUACCCAGUUGUGGAUCGAAAUAGGCCAAUCAGAAAAAUGCAAGCACAAGACCGAUUUAGUUGACCAAUCAUUGUCGCGUGCCUAAAGAAAAAUUGCCACUGGAGUCCAAGAGUGAAAACGAACUCCUUCUGUCUACACAAUGGUGGCUUUUGCGUUUGUAUGUAGAUCGAUUCCAAAACUGCUAGAUGGAAAGACGACCGGGCUUUGCCAGUUAUCCGAAACAUAAAUAACGAUCAAUGUAAGUAAAUUGUACCAGGAUAAUUUUUUAAAAUAAUUAACGCCUUGAUAGCGGGCUAUGCUCGAAACGUCGUUGAUUAUUUUAAAAAAAAUUUCCUGGUACAAUUUACUUACAUUGAUCGUUUUUUUUUUCAUCAUAUUGUACCGCACGCAUUUUAGUAUAUUUAUCCGAAACAUGUCGUCAUUAUAGAGUUUUUUCACAAUCUGGGUUGCUUAAAAGAUGUUGACCGAUAGCAGAAUCACUUGUUUAAACUGUGCUUCUAGACCUACAAGACCAAAAAGUUAUUGGAUGCAGAAAUCUCAUGACAUUAUAGUCACCACGAUAAAAGCAGGAGACCCCUGCUGUUGGUAUCCACUCUUUCACGGGGUAAAUAUAUCUUACCAAAGAUGUGUUUUUUCAUAAGAUAUUAACCAUGACGAGAACGUUGCGACAAUUUACAAUACGGAAAUGGAAUCAGAAUGAAACAAGGUACUUACGUGUUGAUGAAUAAAAUGUAACAACUGCAUAAUUGCGGUCAGCAACCAAGUCGAUUUUGUUGAUUGUCAAAAGGCCUGUAAUUGCACGAACAUUUUGCUCCAGUUCACGUUCUGUUGUACCUUUCGGAAUGCCAAAGAUCAAUACUUGUUUAGUGAACUCAACAACAAGCAAUUCCAGGUUAGAACCCAAAGCUGUUGUCCUUGCUUUUUUCUUCAGAUCAUCUAAGUCUGUGAAUAAAAGGAUUAUCUUAACAGAUCCGAUCCGAGCCGAAACAUAGAUAGGCUUCCCGUUUACGAUUCAUUUUAUCAUUUUUUCAUUUUAUAAUAUUUAUACAGGUUAAAGGUUCAUACAUAUGUUUUUCAACCUGACCUGUUUAAAAGAAUAAAAUAAGAGCUAAUAACUAUGUUAAAAUACUAGUAACAAAAGAAAUUUACCAAUUAAACCUAAUUUACAAUAUCUAAUAAUACUAAGGCUAUAAAAAGUGAACGUAAAGAUGAAAUAAAAGUUGUCCCCGACUAUAGUUGUUCCUUGAAGGUUUUCAGGGAGGGGGCCAAUUUGGUAGCCCUUUCUAGAUUAUUCCACAGUUUUGGACCGCGAUAAGAAAAAGCCUUUUGGCCAUUUAUUGUUUUUAGCAGCGGUAUCUUAAGAUCAGUUUCUGAUGAACGCGAUUCACUCUAGAAUUGACCCUAGUUCCAUAAAUCACCUUCUCUCGAGACAAACAUUCGGACUUGUAAUUGGCUUUUUUCGUUUUUGCUUUCAUUAUUGCUUUGGGAGCCGGCAGAUGCAGGGCCGGGAUUUGUCUUCAUAUCUCCAGCAAGAAGAGUUGUGGAUGCAAACUGAAAACAUAUGGAGCUGUUAAGAAUACAAUUUUUUCAUAAGAAAAAUGUUAUAAGGACACGAGCCGCAAAAUUGAUUCAAAGUUAAGAACAAAUUGAGCUGAGCUGAGCUGAGACUGAGCUGCUAUAGAAUGUAAUUUUAAACAAUGUUUGAACAAUUUUGAAGUAAAAGAAAGCCAAGCCUCAUGACCUCCACCUUGACCUUAUGACCUUAUGACCUCCACCUAGUACUCAUCUCCAUAUCCUACUGACUUUAGAGAAUGGUCUGAGCUGAAAGGCCGAUGCUAAACGUUGAUCGGUGGACAAUUCUGCAUGUCCUUCCAAUUCUGCAUGUGUUUUCUCCUAUCCCUGAUGACACCCUUUUCAAUUUUGAAUGGUUUUUUCAGCUUUCCCUUCUGUACUUACGAUUGUAGCAUUCUUAUCUAUCGUUGCAAACUAUCUAUGUAAAAAAGAGGCGAAAAUGCAAAAACGGAUACUUUUGAAAACGCCAACAGCAAUGUUUUCACAGCGUUUUCAUAUUCAUCCGGGGCGAAGCAAUGUGAACACUUCAUCGUUUUCGUAGCAUUUUCACAUUUACCUAGAGCAGUGUGAACAGGUAAAACGAAUAAAAACGAAUACGAAGCAGUGUGAACAAUCAUUUUCUGGAAACUGGCUUGAGUCUCGUCUUUUACUAAGCACAAUGGAUUUAAAUCCAUAAUAUGCCAUAUCACCUUAAAAUGGCGACCCUUAAGCAUCUGUAUCGUAUGCAAAUUCACCUUGGGCUGUGGUAAGUUUUGAAAAGAUGCAGUUUCGAGAAAUUUGAUUUGAGCAGCUUUACGUAAACCUUUUGAUACUUACUUAUUUCAACUGGGCGUUUGAACCCUACCAUUGCAGACUUUUUGUCAUAGCUAAAUUUAACAUUUGAAACAGCCAUGUCACAAAUAAAUCCCAUCCAUUGCUCCAUUGCGUUUUCAUCCAUAGAAGGACUGAAAUUCUUAACAAGGAAUUGUUUCUUGUUAAUAUUUUUGCCAACUGAUCUUCCAUCCUGCCUCGGGCCUAAAAUGAUAAUAUAACGGACUGAAUUCCACAUGCUUUCACUGUUGCAAAGAUGUUUGUCCAAAUUACUAGCGCUAAUCAUCCAGCUUUAAAUCGAAAGAAUAGGGAGGUUAAGUGAUGACGUCUCGAAAAACAUAUUAUUUGUAAAAACAGCGUGAAAUAACUCGGAAUCAACUAAAUACAUCAGAGGUUGGCUGAGAUAUGCAGGGACAGAUUUUAGAGGCAGGGUGGCUUUUCAUUCUACGUUGAUGCCAAGCUUAUGAUUUAGCUAAAAUUAAUUGCAUUAGCAAUCUUGUGUUAUAUUUAGGUAACUCGGUACCUUCAAUGUGUUUAUAAACCAUAAUUAAAAAACACACAUAGACAGGGAAUUUUUAACAACAACCGAGCAAAGUGCCUAACCUUAGUUUUUGCUCUUGAUUUGGGUACUUUCAGCCUUGCUGAAUAUUUUAAGCAUUGGAUACAUUUUUGUAACACAAUAGAAAUCACAUGAUCGAUGACGUCUUUUCUCCCGUCAUCAAAAUUUUAAUUCUCUUUUUUGAAAAAUCGCUCAAACCAUCUUCUUUGGCAUUGUAAUAGGAGCAAAAAGUUUUAAAAAAUAAACUCUAUCAGACCUGUAGAUAACGAGUUAUUGCUAUUUAAAGUUUGCAUGACGUCAUCAAAAUGGCGGUUCUGCAAUUUUCAAGCAUGUGGAAUUCAAAGGCUGGUUGUCGUAAUUUAGGUUGCUUUAUCUCGAUUUUGAAGUUUUUUGACCUUCGUGUUAUUCAGCAACUCAAGAAUGUCAUUUGAGUUGAUAUAUUUGCUCGCCUUGGAAACUAAGUAUUGAACAAAAAUGCAAGCAAAAGGAAAACGUUCUAAUAAAAAUUUGUCUUCAAAAAGGCUAUACUGAAGAGGAGCUUUCGUCAGCAAUGAAAGACCGUUGAUUCGUCAGCAUCAACUGCAACAUCGCCUGUAAUUGUGAUGAUUGAGUGCAAGAGGUAUCAACUCAUGCUUGGCAUGUAUGUCAAGGUAACCACUAAAAAAUCUUACUUUGUAAUCCCUGUUCUACCAAGUUCAUUGUUGACACACUUGUGCCCCUAUACCCUAAAAGGCAAGACACAAAUCAAAUUACAAUGAAAAGGUGAAAAGCUGCGGAAAGUUUUAUGGCCUUCACAAAAUUUUUAGGUGCAAUGCCAAUAUUGAUUGAAAUACCAAUGCAAAACAUUGAUAUAAAUAUUAAUGCAAAUUAUUAUUCAAAACUGGUCGACCAUACCUGUCAUUCUAGGUAGCGUUAGUUAAAAUUGUCAAGGUAACCACUAAAAAAUCUUACUUUGUAAUCCCUGUUCUACCAAGUUCAUUGUUGACACACUUGUGCUCCUAUACCCUAAAAGGCAAGACACAAAUCAAAUUACAAUGAAAAGGUGAAAAGCUGCGGAAAGUUUUAUGGCCUUAACAAAAUUUUUAGGUGCAAUGCCAAUAUUGAUUGAAAUACCAAUACAAAACAUUGAUAUAAAUAUUAAUGCAAAUUAUUAUUCAAAACUGAUCGACCAUACCUGUCAUUCUAGGUAGCGUUAGUUAAAAUUGUCAAGGUAACCACUAAAAAAUCUUACUUUGUAAUCCCUGUUCUACCAAGUUCAUUGUUGACACACUUGUGCUCCUAUACCCUAAAAGGCAAGACACAAAUCAAAUUACAAUGAAAAGGUGAAAAGCUGCGGAAAGUUUUAUGGCCUUAACAAAAUUUUUAGGUGCAAUGCCAAUAUUGAUUGAAAUACCAAUACAAAACAUUGAUAUAAAUAUUAAUGCAAAUUAUUAUUCAAAACUGAUCGACCAUACCUGUCAUUCUAGGUAGCGUUAGUUAAAAUUGUCAAGGUAACCACUAAAAAAUCUUACUUUGUAAUCCCUGUUCUACCAAGUUCAUUGUUGACACACUUGUGCUCCUAUACCCUAAAAGGCAAGACACAAAUCAAAUUACAAUGAAAAGGUGAAAAGCUGCGGAAAGUUUUAUGGCCUUAACAAAAUUUUUAGGUGCAAUGCCAAUAUUGAUUGAAAUACCAAUACAAAACAUUGAUAUAAAUAUUAAUGCAAAUUAUUAUUCAAAACUGAUCGACCAUACCUGUCAUUCUAGGUAGCGUUAGUUAAAAUUGUCAAGGUAACCACUAAAAAAUCUUACUUUGUAAUCCCUGUUCUACCAAGUUCAUUGUUGACACACUUGUGCUCCUAUACCCUAAAAGGCAAGACACAAAUCAAAUUACAAUGAAAAGGUGAAAAGCUGCGGAAAGUUUUAUGGCCUUAACAAAAUUUUUAGGUGCAAUGCCAAUAUUGAUUGAAAUACCAAUACAAAACAUUGAUAUAAAUAUUAAUGCAAAUUAUUAUUCAAAACUGAUCGACCAUACCUGUCAUUCUAAAUGGAGUAGCCCUGUUUGGCUGUAUGUUUGUAGGCCCAAAACUAGGGUGCUGCUGUCUGGGCUCUAUGAUAAAAGUGCUGAAAUUUCUUAGCAGGAGAAUGAUGAUAAAAUUGAAAAAUAGCCAGAUGGAAAUUGUAAAUAAAUAUAAGGUAGUAGUAAACUUUAAAAAUGCCAUUAUUGAAAAAUGUUAUUUUCUUUUUACAAACCUUUGAAUUUAAAUGUUGGAUGACGUGAAUUACAAUAUUCAUUUGUGCACUGUUUGUUUUGCCAGUCAGAACAAACAGAAUCUGACUUUUUGGCUGCACCCCAAUGUCUGAAGGGACAAUUCUGGAAGCAAAAAUUAUAUUGUUAAGUUCAAAAGGGUUUUAAGCAGGGGCAUUGUGGCACCUAGAGGACGGCCGGGAAAAAAUAACCAUAAAGGGACCCAUUCUUUCCAGAAAAACUGUUUUUUGCUAUUGGUGCAAGCGGGGCAGUUGGGCAAAAUAUCAUAAAUAGUAAUGACACAGCAACAGAGGUGGCGCCACCAAAUCUAGUUUAGUGACUCCAUGGUUGGGUCCGACGUGAAAGAAAAGCUUUGAAUUUGGGCCUUCUAGAACGGCUGAAAAUUCAUCUUCUAGACUACAAUUUAACAAAUUACUAAACCGCGCAGAAUAGAAGAUUCGACGAUUCUCAGAAAAGCAUUGAUUGUUGAUAUUUUGGAAAAAUUUGGAAAAGGAGGAAAGAAACAAAGUGUGACCUUUGCUUCAGAGUGCACAUCGAUGUGAAUAACAAGAAGCUGUUGUAUUUAUUGAGAGAAUUUUACUUCUUAAACAGAAAUGUGUAUCUUUUUUGUCUCGAUUAUUUUCAUAUGCCAUGUUUACACAUCCAAAAUGCAGACAAGGCAAUGAUACAGAAAGUUAUUUACUGAAUCGAUGCAAAUAAUAAACAAAUAAUAUAAAUAUACCUAAAUAAAAUGGCUUUGAAAAAAGCAAACAUUUCACAACAUAUUAACUGAGAGCUUUUUCGUCUGACACUCCUCAGAGCAUAAAACGUCAGAAUAAAGGUCCGAAAGAACACGAUGAAAAAUAUAUACCCAGUUGUGGAUCGAAAAGGCCAAUCAGAAAAACGCAAGCACAAGACCGGUGUUGUUGACCAAUCAGUGCCGCGUGCCUAAAGAGAAAUUACCACUGGGGUCCAAGAGAGAAGAGAAAACGAACUCCUUCUGUCUACACAAUGGCAGCUUUUUCGUUUGUAUGUAGAUCGAUUCCAAAACUGCUAGAUGAAAGGACGACCGGGCUCUGCCAAUUAUCCGAAACAUGUCGUCAUCAUAGAGUUUUGCACAAUCUGGGUUGUCUAAAAGAUGUUGACCGCUGGAAGAAUCAUUUGUUUUAACAGUGUUUCUAGACCUACAAGAGCGAGGAGGCUGUUCUUUUUGAGGGGCAGUUUUGUUUCUUAUGUUGGAAGGAACAUGUUGUUUUAUCCUAUCCCCCAAUCUUUGGGUUGUGCGUCCUACGAAUCUACUUCUAAAUAUGAUAAAAAGGAAAAAAAGACGGGGUGUUUUGACUGGUCAAACAUUUCUUCUUGCUAGAAAAAACCGGAGAGGUCGGCGAAGCAUGUGGGAAAGACAUUCAUCUUUGCGGCAAUUUGUUCGUACCUGCUACGUACUUUCAUCCAUUCCAGGUUACUGUGGGCUUGGAUGGACUGGUAGUCUUUCAUCACCUCACCUCACUUUGAAAUUCCUUCCUUUUAGGGUUGGCUUCCAUUUUCCCACGAGCUUGCUUAUUUUGGGGCGCUUUUGUAUUCUCCAUUUAUUCAAAUUGAUUAAAGAAUUCAGAGAUAGCUCAGAGAUAAAUCGAAAUGAUGAAAUCCAUCUCUAUUAUGGACAUGCGCAUUAAAAAUCAUUUGCUUAUUUUGGCGCGCAAAUGGCAGAACGGAGCGAUUGCGUUCCCGUCUGAACAUAAACAAAAAUCGAUACGCAAUCGUUCCGUUACCGUGUGAACAGUAUACCUUUCCGUUCCAGACACUGGAACAAAAAUGGAACGGAACGAUAGCGUUCCCGUGUGAACUACAUCGUGUGACUGUUAUGAGUUUUGAGUGUCUCGCUUGCUGAAGUUGUGUUCGCAAUCAUUAUUGAGUUUUGUUAUGUUGUCAGGUAUACGCUCGUGAUUUCUUUACGCUAUUUCUGCGAAACUCGACAUAACUUUCAACAUAACAUGGAAUCCAUAUCAACCUUAAAAAAUGCCCUCAACAGCUAUUUUUCGACUGGGGUACUGGUACCCAGUCCUCUUUUAGGUAUAACACUACAGUGUUUUCACUUUCAAAGUUAUAAAAAUGAAACUUUUGCCAGGCGUUAUUUGAUGUGCUGAAUAAAAUGAGAUGCAAUAACGGCUUCGAAAUUCCACAAAAGAACUUUUUAGACUACGGUACUUGUACCCAGUCCUAUAUUGGGUCUUGCACUUUGACUUUGUAACCAUGCAAUUUAUAGGACUGGGACAUUGUUUCCUGGUGUAAUCUGAAGUGCUAGAUAGAAUGAAAUGUAGAUGUAGUUUUAAAACUUCACCAAAGGCUUUAUACCUAGUCCACUGUUGGUUAUCGCACUACAACUUUAUGACUGCGCAAGUUGUACAACUGAAACUUUGUUUUCUGGCCAAAUCUGACAUCCUUAGUUAGAUAGAGUAUAUGUUUAGUCUGCAAAUCAAAGAAAUCAAUUACCUAAACACCUAUAAAAUAUAUUUUUCAUAUAACUUGAUGGGCUAAUUACUUUAUAUUAAGACAUUACCGUUUUAGAAAAGCUUCGAUGAGAAACACUUAUAAUCCAUGAAAAUUGCAAAGAAAAUGUGAAAGAAAUUUCUGAACAUCAACAUAUACAUUCUACAAGGGACUUUAUGCAAAGUUGUUAGAAAAAAUAAUACUGCGCCUACGGGAGGAAAAGGAGAAGGUACUUUUGACGUAAAAUAAAAAUAUAAAAAAGUGCAAAGAUAGACUGCAGACUAUGAAAAACAGUGUAACAAAUUGUUUAGGCUAUAGAACCGAGAUUUGAAGAAGUUUUGAAAGGAAAGCUGAAGAGCAGUUUCAGAAAAAUUGUGAUUUUGCCAACAUUAAGGGCCCUGAAAAUGUUCUUGAAACACUUUUAAACUCUUGCAAGUUAUGCUAAAACAGUGUAGCAGACCAUGAUCUAUCGAUUACAUUUCAAAUAAUAUUUUCAUCAUUUUUCUGAGUUAUUAAAGGAAAGCUGUUUUCACAAAACGCACAUUUUUGUAAAAGACUUCCAUAUUACCAUCUAUUUAUGAAAAUAUGAAAAAAACAGCAAAUCUAUGGUAUUUGUGAUGUUUCAAAAUGAAAUCAUUUCUACAGACUUGAUUAGUCAAAAGUUAAUAAAGAAAAACUGGAGGGUAGUGUGCGUACGAAUCGUCAAAGCAAAUCGUCUGAAUGGUCAGGCCUAUAUAAAUCAAUGAUAAAACUUUGUCUGCGAUUUGUGAUAUUUAAAAAUCGGUUCCAAGAAUAAACUUGAUAUAAUGUUAUAAAAGUGAAACUGGAAGGUGGUAUGCGUGCAAAUCCUCAGGAUCGUCAGUCUUUCAUAAUUGAAUAGAACAGGUUUUGCCGUCGCUGCCAUUUUAGGUCAAGUGUUGUGUCGCAACUCAACUCAUUCAGUUCAUUCAACAACAACUAUUACCUACAAUAUAAAAACUGUAUAUAUGCGUAACAAGAAUGAGAUUUACAAGGAAUUUUCAUCACAACAGUAAUUUUGAAUAAUAUAGAGUCACGUCGCCCCUUCUGGAACGAUUCGAUUUUAUCAUGAAUUCUGACUGUGCAAUGAUAAAAAUAAAUAUGAAGGAGUUUAGGUUUGUUUAUCUUCAAAAAACGCGCGAAAUUAUUUUGCUGACGACAUUAGUUGAACUCUUUGCUAAUUAUCGUUGUUUCAUUUUGUUUUUAAAAGCUAAGAGAAUAUUUUAAAAGUAAGCGAAAUGUAAACGAAAAAGUUGUCAUUAGACCUUCAACCCUAUUUUUUUGCUGCACCUCAACUUUCUUGGUCAUUCCCUCGGUCGGUUUUUUAGCUAAAACAAAACCAACCCCCACAACGUGUUUCUUCAUCUCCCUUAAACGAAUAUUCGUUGGAAUCCAAACAAUAGCUUGCACAAUUUUCAUUCACCGGGAUUUUUUAUCAGGAGCACUUUCAUUGGCCUAGUGGCUUCUUCGAUGGAACGGCGGGCUUCCUGUUGUGAUUCUCAACAAUUCAUGAGUGGCUGAACGUGUGACACGUGAUAAAGUCUCAUUCAAGUAAGAAAACCAAACUUGGGGAUAGCUUUAUUCCUUCUUUACUCUGAAUUUGCAAAAAAUGGCUCAACGAAAGUCUGAUUUGAUACUGACGAAUGAUAAAGGUAGAAGGAAAGAAGGCAGAAAAUAAUUCCCGGUUUUUCUCCAUUGUGCGCUUUUCUGCAUGCCUAAAUUUGAGUCGUUCCAAAAGGGGCGAUGGCCUAAGUUUUUCACGAAGAAAAGUAGCCUGUAGUAAUGUUGCUCGUGCAGAAAGAGAGAAAAACCGAUAAGACUGUCUUUACACAAGCAUGUAGAUUAUACAGCAAAGAAUGUGCUUGUAGUACUUUUAUUUUAUUAGGAAGUACCAAAAAGCUGAGGAAAUAAUUUUUACUGAAAUCGUUCCAUAAGGGGCGACGUGACUCUAAUUUGAUAGGAUGUUGUCUAGGACACUGAGAUUGAAAUCAUAAAUGAUUUUCGAGCCCAGUGCCCUAAGGCUUAAGGUAAAUCAGUAAUAAUUUUAGUUAUACAUUUUGAUAAAUUUCAAGUGUAUCUUGUACAGUUUUUUUAAAUUUGUAUUUUUUAAUUCAAUGAGUAUAUAAUGGCCUACCCCUCAUAGUGGUUGUGAUUCACGCAUUCAAACUCAAACUCAAACUCAAAAUAUUUUUUUUUUCAACAUAAAAUUGAUUAAUUACAAUAUACCGGUUAACAUAAUUAUACUAAAUAUAAAAUAUCCAAGUUAAUAUGGCUAAAUAACAAUGAAUGGUCAAUCGCAAUAUUUUAUAGAACAGCAAUGAGAAUUAAACAAUUUUAGGCUGAUGGACACAUGGAAAGAACUUUGGGCAAGCUAUCGAGCCAUGUAUCCAAAUUGACGUGUUUAUAAUGACGAUUUUAAGUUUGAAUAAUAACAGUAAGAUAUAACAAGAAUAAAAUAAAGUAGAACGAAAUAAAAAUAAGACUAUGUGUAAUAUUGUAAUAACAGCUAAGUGCAAUUAUAAAAAAAUCAUAAAGUAAUCAAGCCUACAGAUGUCAAAAUUUGUUCGUAAGAAAAUAUUUCAUCUGUUUCACAAAGUGGUGUUUAUUAUCCAUUUUUUUUAACUCUAUAGGUAGGGAGUUCCAAAAUUUAAUACCAUCGAAAGUGAGAAAGUUUUUUUUAAAGUUUGUAGAGAUGGAUGGAAGAGAAAAACCUUCAGAAGAAGAUUGCCGUGUAUUAUAAUUGUGUACAUUUUUUGUUUUUACAAACUCGCCUUCAAGAGAAGCUUUGUCAGAGCUAAUUUGAUAUAUCAUUUUUGCUGUCUCAAGCAGGUAAAGUUUAUCAAAGUUAAAUAUUUUAAGGCGUUUGAA